CGCACACACACUCGCAGUGCACAGUACGAAGAGAUUCUCAUUUGGGGAGUAGAGCAGCACAAGGGAAAUGGUGCGAGAGGCAGGGAAACUGGAGUUGGACAUUCAGCAGGAGAGGAAAUGCUUUUCUGGAACCAUCUCGUGAGGUAUCUCAAGAUGGCCUGUAUUUCUGCACAACUUUGCUAAAACCUUUCUAAACCCAAUACCAAUUGUUUCCAGAAAGCAAAAGCCCUCUGAGUCUAUUAUUUAAAUGCAUUUGUACAGCCGUGCUGCUAUGGACGACUGAAACAUGAGCAUCAUAAAAGCUUUCUGGACCUCUGACUCUGGCCCUUCUCUCUUCUUGGAUCUCAUCUCUCUAAUAUAGCACCAAAGGAGGGUUACAGCUGUGAGGGUUACAGAGCUGGCUGUAGGGGGUGGAUGAAAAAGAAGCUCAUGAAGCAGAAGAUAGCCCAUAUCCAUAGGAAUAUACUUGCUUCUGGAAUAUCUCAAUCAUUUGGAAUAUUGUGAUACUUUGGGAAAACACAUUAUUUUGGAAUACUGGAAAUAUUGUUAUUACUCACCAUCAUGAAGGUGAGUCCAACUUCCUGUCUGUGUCCUGUGCUUCUCUGUCUCUGCUUCCUGGAGAGAGGCUAUGGGGCAAGUCACCACGGACAGGCCAGGAUGAUCUCCAGGAAUCACAAUCUGACUCACAGUCACAACCAUACAAAAGAUGGGGAGACAGAAGUCCACCACAGACCAAAGCGGGGAUGGAUAUGGAACCAGUUCUUUGUACUGGAGGAGCACAUUGGACCAGAUGCACAGUACGUAGGAAAGCUUCAUUCAAAUUCAGAUAAAGGCGAUGGUUCUGUCAGAUAUAUCUUAAGUGGGGAAGGAGCAGGAACUAUCUUCAUAAUCAAUGAGGUAACAGGAGAUAUCCAUGCCACCAAGAGUCUGGACCGGGAGAAAAAGUCCCAUUAUGUUCUCCAUGCUCAAGCCAUUGACCUGAACACCAACAAACCCUUGGAACCAGAGUCUGAGUUUAUUAUCAAAGUGCAAGACAUCAAUGACAACGCACCCAAAUUCCCUGAUGGCCCUUUCAUCACGUCUGUCCCUGAGAGGUCAGAAGUCGGUACUUCAGUAUUCCAAGUGACAGCAACAGAUGCUGAUGACCCCACCUAUGGAAACAGUGCUCGCGUGGUGUACAGCAUUUUGCAUGGACAGCCCUACUUCUCUGUAGACCCACAAACAGGAGUAAUCAGAACAGCAUUGCCUGACAUGGAUCGAGAAGCAAGAGAGCACUAUACAGUGGUCAUCCAGGCCAAAGACAUGGCAGGACAGGUGGGAGGACUCUCAGGCUCCACCACAGUUAACAUCACACUUACUGAUGUCAAUGAUAACCCUCCCAAAUUUCCCCCAGAAAGCUUCCAGGUGUUUGUGCCUGAGUCUGCCCAGGUGGGGAAACCGGUGGGAAAGAUCAAAGCAGAAGAUGAAGACGUGGGUGUCAAUGCUGAAAUCAAAUACAGUAUUAUUAACCAGGAAGGAGCCAACAUGUUCUCAAUAGCUACAGACAAAGACACAAGAGAGGGCAUCAUUAGUCUGAAAAAGCCACUUAACUAUGAAAAGAAGAGACAGUACACUCUGCAUAUCGCAGCAGAGAACACACACCUUGACCCUCGCUUCUCUCAUCUGGGAUCAUUUAAGGAUAAUGCCACUUUCAAGAUAACAGUUGGGGAUGUGGAUGAACCACCUGUUUUCUCAAUGGAUUACUAUAUUAUGGAUGUCUAUGAGAAUGCAAAAAUUGGCACAGAAGUUGGAUCAGUUGCAGCACAGGAUCCAGACAGCAGGAACAGUCCAAUCAGGUAUUCCAUAGAGCAAAGAGAAGGAAGUGAGGGAUAUUUUGAUAUCGAACCUAUCAGCGGAAUCAUUAGAACCACUCACCUCCUGGACAGAGAGGACAUAGCCUGGCACAACAUCACUGUCAUGGCAAAAGAGGAGGAUAACCCAAGUCUUCUGAGUCAUGUCCCCGUCACGAUUCAGGUACUAGAUGUAAACGACAACCCGCCAGAAAUCAACACAGAGGACGAAAUCCUCAUUUGUGAAAGCAUAAGUGCAGGACAGAUCAUCCAGACGAUCAGUGCUGUGGAUAAGGAUGACUUUGCAAAUGGACCAAGAUUUUAUUUCUCUUUCCCUGGAGGAAUUCCGAUUAAUCCCAACUUUACCUUAAAGGACAAUGAAGACAGCACGGCUAGCAUUUUAGCGAGGCGGCGCCGUUUCCACAGGUUGACUCAGGAGAUAUAUGAGCUGCCCGUGGUGGUGUGGGAUGGAGGUGAGCCCCUACUGAGCAGCACCAGCACACUGACCCUGCGUGUGUGCCAGUGUCAGCGUGGUACCCGGCACAAAAUCUGUCAGGGUGAGGCUUUCCUUUCUUCUGCAGGCCUCAGCACUGGAGCGCUUAUCGCCAUCCUGCUGUGUGUGCUAAUACUGCUGGCAAUCGUGAUUCUGUUCAUCACUUUGCGGCGAAGCAAGAAAGAGCCACUGAUCAUCGCAGAGGAAGACGUUCGGGAAAACGUGGUCACCUAUGAUGAUGAAGGUGGAGGCGAGGAGGACACUGAAGCUUUUGAUAUCAUUGCUCUGCGCAAUCCUGAAGCUGCAGAAGAGCUCAAGUUCCGGAGAGAUGUUCGGCCCGAGGGGGGUUAUCCCAGGUCAGCAAGAAGACCCUGCCGCUAUGACUGUAGCCGUCAUAGUCCUACCUCACUGGAGACGGAUGAGGAUACAAAUGUCCAUGACUUCAUUAAACAGAGACUAGUAGAGGCAGACCAGGAUACUAGUGUACCCCCUUACGAUUCGCUACAGACUUACGCAUAUGAAGGUCAAGGGUCACCAGCAGGUUCCAUCAGUUCUCUAGGCUCACCUGGAAUCCAUUCUGAACAGGAGUACAACAGCUUGGAUGAGUGGGGUCCAGAAUUUAAAAAACUAGCUGAACUCUCCGGGGAGGAGGCUGGUAUGGAACAUGAACCAAAUGCAAAUGAGCCUGAUGAAUGCACUUAAUUUUUUUAGACUGUUUAAAAAAACUUUGAACAACACACACAUGUGCACACACACACACACACACACACACACACAGAAAUAACAGACAUAAACUGCUCUCUUUUGCUACCAUGGAUGUCAUUGUUUUAUCAAUAAGGUCAAACGUUUUCAGACUGUUAUCCUGCUGAAAAGACUUACUGACCUGCAUUUUUCUUCUCAUAACAUUGGAGGAGAUCAAUUUGAGGAGGAAAACUUAAAAAGAAAAACAGAAAAAAAAAUGGAAAAAGUUAAAUAUUUUCCCUGGUGUAUAUUUUUUAUUGCUCAAUAAAGUUCUAAAAUGUGGACACAUGGAUAUAUGUGAUAAAAGUGUAACUAAUCAUUUUCUGUCUAACAUACAUUGCCAGUCUAGUGUACUAUGGGAAAAAACAAUUUUCAGGGUUAUUGCUGACAUAAAAUAUGUAUUUUUGUAAUAUUUUAGCACUUACACAUCUUAAAACAAUAUACAUUACAUCACCUUUCUGCAAAGAAUUAACUUUAUUUCCUGUAGUGGAACAUGUUACAAGAAAAUGUGAUUCUAGGUUUUGCAUAGGUGCAGGAUAGCUUGUGUUAUUCAUUUUUAUAAUAUAAUGUGCAUAAUCCACAGUAAAUUCUGUUAUUAGGCUAAUAUAUGAUGUCUAGGAAGCCCACAACAUUAACAAAUGUUAAUGCAUGAGAGCAGCGUACACUGUUCAAAUAUGUUUUCAGAGACUAUAACAACAGCCUUCAUUGAUGAAAUACUCAGACUCAUUAUACAGUAAUAACCCAUAUUUCCAUUAGCACUUCCGUAUCUGUGUUUAUUAUUACACGUAAAGUUUCCUUUUAUUACAUCCUGGCUCCUCAGGCACUAGCCUCUCUUUCAGCCCUUGGGGUAGACUGAUGUUUUAUGUACACUAGACAAAUGAAAGGAGGCAUUAAUGAAUAUUUUAGUGUUUAUGUACAUUCAUGUCUGUAUGUGUGUCAAAUGUGUAAAUCCAAGAGAAGGAUACUUAUUAGUGCUCGAACAGUCCAUGUGGAACAGCAUCUCUAGCUAGAAA